AUGCGCCCUACGCAGAUUUUGCAGAAGGGGAGGUCUGCCUGGAAGGGCCCUUACUUUGUUUCGUUCCCUAAUUUGAAGGAGGCCAUUACCAACCAUACUACCAUUAACACCACCGCUCGCUCGUGUACUAUUCUGCCAAACUUUGUUGGAGUUCGGUUUGGCGUUCAUAACGGCAAGGAGUAUGUCCCAGUGCUCGUGACGCAGGACAUGGUUGGCCACAAGUUGGGAGAGUUUGCGCACACGAGGAAGAGGUUUACUUUCAGGCAAACGAAGCGUUCAUAG